AUGCCGCCUCGAUCUACGGCUGGGUGCUAUACGUGUAAACGUAGGAAAAAGAAGUGUGACGAGACGCAGCCAUUCUGUACAAGAUGCAUUCGAUCAGGAAGACAGUGCGAAGGAUACGCUCCGCUCGAAAGUCCGGACAUCAAGGGUAUCAUGAGGCGGGGUAAAGCUACGCCCGCGCAGAAACAUGUGCCUCCACCACGGUCGUCGAACACGCCUGAGUCACAGAAAGAACACACCACACUGUCAUCGCCAAUCAGCACGAAUGUAUCGGACCAGCCAUCUGACCCACAAACACCGCCUCUGGACCCCAACAUCACACUCUCCCAGUCGUCGGACACAGACAGCGCUUUCCCUCUUUCGCCCCCAGACACUGCUCCAUGGCAGCCAUCAGUGCUGACCUCAGGCGUACGGUAUGUAACAGAAGGGAAGGGUGGUGGGCUUGCUGGGCGAUGGUUGGAAUCCCUUGACCCUGGGGCUGGGUUGCGUUCUGGCGAUGGUGAAGAUAGGUGGACUGAUACAUAUGGGCAAGAAACGAGGGCAUACGAAACCUCGUGGCCGAUGUUCCACGGGGACGACCAAGCGAUGGCCCCGAAUUUGCCAUCCGCGUUUAUAUCCGAAGUGGCAGCAGAUGAGGAAUUGGAAGAUGACCCAGAAGGAGCGAAAUAUGAGAUGUGCACAGUGCCGGUACUGGAUGCAAACACGGUGGACAACACUCUGCCGUUUAUACUGGAAUGCUAUGCUCGGUGGAUACAUCUGGUGAUAUUUGAACCUAGCAAAGCAGCGAACCCGAUGAAGGAUACGAUCAUAGCGCAGUUUAUGCGAUCUCCGGACGAGAGACCGAAGAUGAUACUGCUUGCGAACGUGGUUGGUAGCCUCGGGAGAAGUCUGCGGUACGACGCAAGAGUAUCUCAGUUGGUGGACUACCUGCGAACCGAAGCGUACGGAAACAUCGCGAAGUUUCUAUCGGACCAACCUGGGGACGAACGUGAGAGGGACAGGCAGAGUGCGUUGGCCGCACUGGACCUUAUGAUGGAGGCAGGCCAAUCAUUUAGAAACCCGUGGCUCCCUGCUGAAUCUUUUGCAGGUUAUCCUCAUCCAACGAUACUCGAAGCCAAUGCUGACUAUCGUCAAAUUGAUGGAAGCCGCAGCCCCCAUCUUUCGUAG